AUGGAUUCGAAUGAAGACUCAAAAUACAUCGAAUUUUUGCAACAGUUUAUAGAUUUUGAGUUUGAAACUGAUAAGAAAAAGAAAGCGAAGAACAGAAGGGUAACAUAUCGAGGCAUCACCAUCGAGAUACACGAUACAUUCAAAAGGGAUAUUGUGAUUAUUGCUGUUCUCGCAGUUUGCACUAUGUUUUUGGUUAUUUCACUAAUUCACAUGUUUCAACUUUAUUUUCCGGUGGGAACCGUUGUACAACGACAAGGAGCUGCGAUACCGUUUUUCCCGGAAACAUUCAAUGGGAUGAUUGAAGAUCAUUACGAUGGAACGCUGCCGAAGCAUAGGUUGGAUCGAAACAAAAUAGUUAUGUACUAUUCGCCGCACAGUAUUUCUUCCAAAAUAUUUAGGGAAAAAUUUGUCAAAGUUGCGCAAAGUGCUAUUAAGCUUCAUAAGCAUACAUAUCCAGCAUUUGCUGCAGUUAAUUGUUUCGAUCCCAAAGGAGCAUGUCGCAAUCAAUUUAAAAUGCCACGCUUCCCUAUCAUUACGGCAACGUCACCGCAAUUUGUGAACUCGGUGUAUAACGGACCAAUGAAAAUUGAUUAUGUGAGCCGAUGGGUUAAUCGAAUUCAAAAUCCGGUUAUACGUAUUUCAAAUCUGGAAGACUUGAUUCGUCUCACAAACCAAUUCGACUUGCUUGUUGUGUCUUAUUUACAUCCUCAGAAGGACCCAAAUUUUCGCAUACAUUUUCGCAACUACACUGCAGCUGCUUAUAGCGUUUACGAUGGAACACCGAAUACGGAAGCCCUUAUUUUCUGCAUUGUUACUGAUAUGCAAAUGGCAAACGUUUUUCGGUUUAAUAAGUAUAGCGACAUUGUAAUGGUGAAUUCCGAUGCUCAAGUUAUUUCAAGUUCGGUGAAUCAAAAUUGGACGAUUGAACAAAUUGUAUGGAAAGUAAAAGAAAAUGUCAUAUUAUCAACUCGAAAAAGCGUGGAGAUCUUAAAUGUCGGAUUCCGAGAACAUUCUUCAACCCAAUUUGCGGAUAGGGUUAAUAGGACAUCAACGAUACUUCUGAUGGCACCAGAUUUGCGACACGGAAAUGAAAAGUUUGAAACAUUUCGAAAGCUUGCUCUUCAAUAUCAUUAUUGUAAAGAGAAGAACAUACAAGAAAUUGAACGUGUUGAAGAAAAUACAGAUGAUUUUGGACAUGAUUGCCCGGUGUCCAUCAAAUCGUACUCGUGCAAUAGGAAUUCCACAUUGCGGUUUCUUGCCAUUGAUACACUUGUUAAUCCUCAGCUCGCUACUAAAUUUGGUGGCGAAAAAGAGGAUGUGCUGAUUACCAUCAAUGCUCAAAACGAAAUGACAAAGAUGAUAAAAGGGAAAAUUACUACCGAAAAGAUCAGAUGUCUCAUUCAGCAACAUCACGAAGCAGCAGAUAAUGAGUUUGUCGUUGAGUCCGCCCGAAUUUUGCCCAAUAUCGCGCCGAGAAGUGUCUUGGACAUGAAAAAGAAAUCGAUUGGGGAGCCCAAUUUGAUUCCAUUUGUUGCCAAUGUCGCUGAAUUAUUAGAGUCUCCAAAAAUUUCCGUGGCAUUGUUCAGUGCUGGCGUCUCUCACGCUCCUUCUCAAGUUGUUCUUGCGCCAUUCCACUUGGCUUCAAGACAUUUUGCGACCGUCACCGAUCAAAUUCAAUUUGUCAUAGUUGACGUAUCAUUAAACUACGUUCCGUACAAUUUCAACUUUGAGAAAUUACCAAAAAUAUUGAUAUUAGGUGAUAAGAAAACUGGAUCGAGCUGGAUGUAUCCCGAAGGAUUGCCGAUCACCUAUCCAAACCUCUUGAGAUUUAUUGAAACGCGUCCAUCAACAAGAACACUUAUAGCCGCUGUUGAGGAACAAGAAUAUUUGACAAAUUUGAUAACAAGUCAUAUGCCAGUCGAUAAAAGUAAAGUGGAUCGGCUCAAGAAUUUGGAUUACGUCAUUCAGACUCUACAAAAUUUGCCAAGCGACCGAUAA